GAUGUACAUUUUGGUCUCUUUGCAAAUGAGUUACAUCUUACCAGGCUUGUUUAUAAUUCAACUGCUGUAGCCUGUGUAGUUAUAGUUUCUAUAUAUCUAGAUUCUAUGUCAAACAUAAACAAAACAAGUUUCUAAAUCUAAUUCAUAUAAAAGGAUUACAAAAUUAAAGAGUGUGAAUUCCGGAGAUGGGAGUUCCAGCAUUUUUUCGAUGGUUAAGUCGAAAAUAUACAUCAUUAAUCGUAAAUUGUGUAGAAGAAAAACCCAAAGAAAUCAAUGGAGUCCGGGUACCGGUGGAUACAAGUAAACCCAACCCUAAUGAUAUUGAGUUUGAUAACUUGUAUUUAGAUAUGAAUGGAAUCAUUCACCCCUGUUGUCACCCAGAAGACAGACCAGCUCCCAAAAAUGAAGAUGAGAUGAUGCUGUUGAUUUUUGAGUUCAUUGACAGAAUUUUCUCCAUUGUGAGACCCAGACGUGUCCUCUACAUGGCUAUUGAUGGCGUUGCUCCCCGAGCUAAAAUGAACCAACAAAGAUCUAGGCGUUUUAGAGCAUCUAAAGAAACAUAUGAAAAACUCAUGGACAUGGCGCGGAUCAGAGAUGAAGUGAAAAGUAAAGGCAUGUUUUUACCUGCAGAGAAACCAAAGGAAGAACACUUUGAUAGUAACUGCAUUACACCAGGCACACCAUUUAUGUUCAAAUUAGCUGAGUGUUUGAGAUACUACAUUCACGAUCGAAUCAAUAAUCAGCCAGGAUGGGCCAAAAUCCAAGUUAUUCUUUCAGACGCCAAUGUCCCAGGUGAAGGAGAGCACAAAAUUAUGGAUUUCAUCCGAAGACAGAGAGCCCAGCCAGACCAUGAUCCCAACACGCAUCACUGUCUGUGUGGAGCAGACGCUGAUCUUAUUAUGUUAGGUCUAGCCACACAUGAACCAAACUUUACAAUAAUCAGAGAAGAGUUCAAACCUAACCAGCCCAGGCCUUGUGAUUUAUGUGGACAAAUGGGUCAUGAAUUGAAAGAUUGUCAAGGGUUGUCGAGAGAAGAAACAGAUGAGCCCAUAUCUGUCCCAGGAGUUGAGCAACAGUAUAUAUUUGUGAGGCUAAGUGUUUUGAGAGAGUACCUACAGACAGAGCUAGCAAUGCCCAAUUUACCUUUUACAUAUAGCUUUGAGAGAGCACUAGAUGAUUGGGUAUUUAUGUGUUUCUUUGUUGGCAAUGAUUUCUUGCCCCACUUACCAUCAUUAGAAAUCAGGGAAGGAGCCAUUGAUAGGCUGGUGAAACUGUACAAAGAUGUAGUUUAUAAAACUGGUGGUUACCUCACAGAAAGUGGUGUUGUCAACCUAAGUCGUGUUCAACUGGUUAUGUCAGAGCUAGGCAAAGUUGAAGAUGAAAUCUUUAAAAAACGAAGGCAAACUGAACUUGAUUUCAAAAGGAGGGACAAAGAGAAGAAACAGAGAAUAAAGAUGCAACAGAGUGCACAGAGACCAAAAUGGAUGAUGGGUGGUCAGUUUACUCCUCAGGCACUGGGCAGACCAGGUGCAUCAACUGUGGUCUCCAACCCAAGGCAGGCAGCAUACGAGAGUCGCAGGCAAAACAUGUCCACGGAAGCAGGUGGUGGUGGGGCAGCAGCAGAACUAAAAGCCCUCAUGGUUCAGAAUGACCCACAGGUGGGACAGAAAAGGAAACCUACAGAGCAGGGGGGUCGUGGGGUGGAUGAUGACAGUGAUGAAGAAGAGAAGGAAGCACCCGAUGAUGUCAGAUUGUGGGAAGAUGGUUGGAAAGACAGAUACUACAAGUCAAAAUUUAAUGUUGAUGUGAAUGACCAAGAGUUCAGAUACAAUGUUGCUAGACAUUAUGUUCGAGGUUUAUGCUGGGUGUUGAGGUAUUAUUACCAGGGCUGUGCUUCAUGGAAAUGGUACUUCCCUUACCACUAUGCUCCCUUUGCUUCAGACUUUGUCAACAUUGGAGAUCUUUCCAAUGAUUUUGAGAGAAACACACAGCCAUUUCAGCCUCUUGAACAACUGAUGGGAGUUUUCCCUGCCGCAAGUAAGAAACAUUUACCCAUCACUUGGCAAACUUUGAUGGAAGACCCAGAGUCUCCCAUCAUUGACUUCUACCCAGUGGAUUUCAAAAUUGAUUUGAAUGGGAAGAAGUUUGCUUGGCAAGGUGUGGCACUUCUACCAUUUGUGGAUGAAACCAGACUUCGGAAAGCCCUUGAAAGUGUAUACCCAGACCUGACACCAGCAGAGAGUAAAAGAAAUACAAAAGGUAACGACAGGUUAUUUAUUGGUGCAAGCCAUCCAGCAUUUGAUUUCCUUGAAGGACUCUAUGAAGGUGCAUUUACUAAAGAUCCUGUGCCAUUGGAUAGCAAGCUAACAAAAGGCAUGGCUGGUUUUGUCUGGUCAGAUGAAUUCAACAUUGACAAAGGAGGAAUUGUGCCAACACCCCUGCCAGGUGUAGAUGAUAUAUAUGACAACAAAUGUAUCACUGUAUGCUAUAAAGAUUUACAAUUUGAUCCAGAUUACAUUUUCAAGGCAGUUGUGUUACCAGGAGCAGUCAUGCCACCUCCAACAUUGAAACCUGAUGACUGGAACAGCAAAAAUCCUGGCCAGCGAUACAGACCCCAGCUGGGUUUCCAGCCUCACAGUGGCUAUCGUGACAACAAGGAUAUGUCAGCAGCCAACAGGUUGAUAAGGAACACUGCUGGCAUGGGAGGUCAGGGCUAUGUGAUGUCUUCCCAGAACAUGAUGCCAUCAAUUUCAGCUGCUAUUCCAUAUAACUACGGGUCCAACAACAGGGGCUAUGACAACAGUGGCUACAACAACAAUAACAACAGUGGCUACAACAACAACAGAGGCAGAGGUGGAUCAAGCAACAGUUACCAGAGGGGCGGUGGCUACAGCUCUCAGUCUGGCAACAGCUAUGGCAGCAGAGGAGGUAGCUACAACAACAACAACAACAACAAUAGAAGUGGCUACAACAGUAACCAGCAGUCUUCACACAGAGGUGGAACCAGCCACAGAGGUUACGGAGGUCAAGACUACGGAACUCAGGGUGGCGGUUACCGAGGCGGCUCCAACAACAACCGACAGGCAGCUGGUGGCUACAACAGUUCGCGGAACUACAACGACGACGACAGCGGCUACCAGGCAUACCCUCCCGGGCAGGGGAGACAUCAUCCAGGCUCACGGGUUUUUGAUGCUAACAGAGGUAGACAUCAGCAAGAUCAUGGACAGAGAGAUAGAUACAGGCCUUUUUAGGAGAGCCAGUCAGCACAGAUGUCUCUCAGUAUUUACCAGUGUAGCCGUGUUGAUGUUGUCCAAAGUUGUAGACUUUAAAUGAAACUAGAAUGAAAGUUUUAGUUAAAAAAAAAACAUACAUGAAAUAAAACAAAAAGCAAAACAAAGCUAUUGCAAAACUAAAGAUUUAGAUCUGGAACUACAGAUUUGGUCAAUUUAAUAAAAGAUAAGCGAUGUUUCUUA